AUGGAAGAUACUUCAUUUGAAUUGAGACCGCAAGGUCAAACUUAUCCUCUUACAUUGGGCGAGCGUCUUGAACAUGCAGAUAACUAUCGUAUUGAUCAUGAAGCUCUCAGAAAGACUCUUGAAAGUAUCAAAAAGUUUUACGAGAGCCCCUUUGCAACACCACACACCACUGACCAUAAGGAUUGCGAGAGUUGUAUCGGAGAGGAUCGUCAGACUCGCAAAGCUUAUCAGGAUUGGUAUCUCUCAGAAGAUCCAGAUCGUUGGUACUCUAAAUUAUUUGACUAUAAAGCAGAGUUACAGUCGAUGUUCGAACAACCUAAAGUCCACAGGCUCGACGAGAUUCACACCAGAGUAGAUUACGAAUUUCGGGCACAUUUAAAGAAGGAUCUUUGUGCACAUAGACCGGAUGAUUCUGAGGAUGUUAUCGAAUUCAAAGACCGCAUCGCAAUGGAACUAGAUCAAGGGAGAAAUAUCUCAAAAGUUUUGAAUGCUUACCUAACGGAGUACAUCAAGACAUGUCCAGACCCAGACCAAGUAGAUUUCAUCCUUCACCUACACGACACUACAACUCAUAAACAACGAAUUCCAAUUUACAUCUCAUAUUACUGCAUCCCUCUGGAAUCGGACUCUAUCAGCGUACGGAAUUACAAAAGUAAAUAUGCUCGAAUGUUUGAGAAUGAAAUUCCCUACGAUGAGGUUGUUGCCGCCAUGAAGAAAGAGAGUGCUCGCACGAAGGAUGCCGAGAUAGCACAGUUACAGCAUCGCCUGAAUGAACUUAACCUUGCACAAUCUGCGCAUCUCAAAGCUAAAGCAAAGAAAGCGGAGAAAGAUACACUCAAAUAUCUACAUCAUCAGCAAGUGGAAAAGGAGAGUAAAGCGCCUUGCUCAUACGAUGGCUGUGAUGAAGAUGCAGAUCUAUCCGUACCAGAAGGUGCAAUACAAUGCAUCUUAUGUGACUGGAUUGCGUCCAAAGUUCCAGAAGAUAGAGAUCAUAAAAGGACUUAUUAUUGUUCUCCUAGUCAUGCACUUCUGGACCAUGAAGAUCACGACAAAGCUGAUCACUAUUGCCUGAGCGCUCAUUGGAAAGAUUGUUGCCUUUCGGAGCUUAGUGCAGAUGAGGAGGUAUCCCAUGAUGGGAUGUGUUUGUGCAAAGUUUGCAUGGUUAGUGGACAUAAGGCUCUUUUCUGCUCCGAGGAAUGUUAUGAGAAGAACUAUAAUCAACAUGCUACAGAGUGGCACACGGACGAAAACGCACAGAGGUCAUUGGAAAUUUUCAGAAUUCCGGAUGAUUUUAUAGUUGAGGAUGUUGUUGAUGAUCCUGGAAUAGAGAGUGGUGAAAUAGUGGACACGGAGAUGCAUGGUGUUUAA